ACACAGACUGCCUUAUCUGUGUUUCUGUCUCCAGAGACAUGACCUGACCCCUCAUGACCAGUUUUGGGGCAUUUGGGUGAUUGGCUGGUGCACCAUGGAACUUAAAGUCUGGGUGGAUGGAGUUCAGAGGAUUGUGUGUGGGGUCACAGAAGUCACAACUUGCCAGGAGGUUGUAAUUGCCUUAGCUCAAGCCAUAGGUCGCACUGGAAGGUAUACCCUUAUAGAAAAAUGGAGAGAUACUGAAAGACACUUAGCACCUCAUGAAAACCCCAUCAUCUCCUUAAACAAAUGGGGGCAGUAUGCCAGUGAUGUCCAGCUCAUUUUGCGUCGCACAGGGCCAUCUCUCAGUGAGCGACCCACUUCAGAUAGUGUGGCUCGAAUUCCUGAAAGAACUUUAUACAGACAGAGUUUGCCUCCCUUAGCCAAACUGAGGCCUCCGAAUGACAAAUCAAUCAAAAGGAGAGAGCCCAAAAGGAAAUCACUAACAUUUACAGGAGGUGCCAAAGGAUUAAUGGACAUUUUUGGGAAAAGUAAAGAAACUGAAUUCAAGCAAAAGGUGCUGAAUAACUACAGAACAACAGCAGACGAAUUAAAGAAGCUGAUCCAUUUGCAGACAGAGAAGCUUCAGUCAAUUGAGAGACAGCUGGAAUCACAUGAGGUAGAAAUACGAUUUUGGGAGCAAAAAUAUAAUUCUAACCUUGAAGAGGAGAUUGUCCGCCUAGAGCAAAAGAUCAAAAGAAAUGAUGUAGAAAUUGAGGAGGAAGAAUUUUGGGAAAAUGAGCUGCAGAUUGAACAGGAAAAUGAAAAACAGUUGAAGGAUCAGCUUCAAGAGAUAAGGCAGAAAAUAACAGAAUGUGAGAGUAAAUUAAAGGACUAUUUGGCUCAGAUCCAGACAAUGGAAAAUGGCCUUGAAGCAGAAAAACUGCAGCGGGAGGUUCAGGAGGCACAAGUGAAUGAAGAAGAAGUUAAGGGAAAAAUUGGUAAAGUCAAAGGGGAAAUUGACAUUCAAGGCCAGCAGAGUCUGAGGUUGGAAAAUGGCAUUAAAGCUGUGGAAAGAUCUCUUGGACAAGCCACCAGGCGAUUACAGGACAAAGAACAAGAACUGGAGCAGCUGACUAAAGAACUGCGGCAAGUCAAUCUCCAGCAAUUUAUCCAGCAGACGGGGACAAAAGUGACCGUGUUGCCAGCCGAGCCCAUUGAAGUGGAGGCCUCCCCUGCAGACAUUGAAAAGGAGGCACCAUUUCAGGCUGGGUCCUUGAAGCGACCUGGUUCAUCUCGGCAGCUCCCCAGUAACCUUCGUAUUCUACAGAAUCCUAUCUCAUCUGGCUUUAAUCCUGAAGGCAUAUAUGUAUAACAACAUCGUGUGUCUUUGGGAGAGAGACCCAAUAAAGGUACCAAGGACAGUAAAAAUUUCUUCUUUGAUUUGUGCCAAUGAUGAACAGAGGAGAUAUUUCACAAGCUACUGUAUCAUUUUUCUGUCCUAAAUUGCAUACCACUUGGAGCCAUACCCUGUGCACUGAUGCUAAAGAACAAAGAGACUGUUUUCAUACUUCAACAGUGUUGCCAUUCCUGUCCAGCAGCUAUAUCGCAAGGCCUUCCUUUUUAUUUGUAGUGUUUUGAGAGCAUUAGGAAAAAUGUUAUUCUAUGUGUAUACAUAAAUAAAGUGACUUAAGAGUGAAGAGAAGUACUCAUAUGUGACUGGCUUAGUUUAAUUUAUUCCAUGUAAUCAAUGGAUGCGUGAAUGUAGGUGUUUUAAUAUUUUUAGUAUGUAUCCUGUGGCUUAAUUCUUGUCUCAUUUUACGUGAUUAUGACUUUGUGUGCCUCUUGCCAAACUGCAUCCAUAUGUUGCUCCAUCCAUACAGCUACACACGCGUCAUAGGGUGCUCCACCAUUGAAAAGAACUCCAAAAGAACCCACUUGCAUUUAUUUUGUGAAUCUGUCCUAGCUGUUACUUAGUUAGAGAAAUACUUCAAGGUU